AUGAGUUCUUCAUCAAGCUCUCGUGAACCUUCACCAUCUAUGAAACAAACUUUACCAAACGAUUAUGGAGCACCUAUUGAAUAUUUCUUACGAGCUGCACAAUGGCAAAGAGCAGUCUCACCAAGGUUAGGUGUUCCACCAGCUCCUGUCAAAAAUAGCAUUUGGUCAAGUCCUUAUAUAAAAUAUGGUCUCCCACUAGGUUUGCUAGCUACAGCAGGAGCAGUUAUGAUGUUGAAAAGAAAUAAAGCAAAUGUUGUAAAUAAUACUGAAGUAGCUGAAGUUAAACAAACUCCGACACCAUCACAAACAACACCUUCAAUGACUCCUGAACCUAUGAAAGUACAAACUCCUGUUCAAAAGUCAACUCCUAA